AUGAUCCGCCGCACCAACCGCCUGCGUAGGGAGUUCAUCUACCGCAAGUCGCUGGAAGGGAAGGAGCGCGAGCUCUACGAGAAGAAGCGCAAGAUUCGCCAGUGCCUCGAGGAGGGCAAGGCGAUUCCGAACGAGUUGAGGAACAGCGAGGCCGAGCUUCGCAAGGAGCUGGCGCUGGAAGACGUGGAGACAGCGACGAACGGCGCGGUGGCGGACGACGAGUACAAGAACGCGAACCUCAGGGACCCCAAGGUGCUCGUCACCACCUCGCGCGAUCCCUCCAGCAGGCUCACGCAGUUCGUGAAGGAGGUCAAGCUGCUCAUGCCCACCGCUCAGAGGAUCAAUCGCGGCGCGCAGGUGCUCCCCGACCUGGUGGAGCUCUGCCGCAGCAACGACUUCACCGACCUCGUCGUGGUGCACGAGCACAGGGGCGAACCCGACGGCAUGGUCAUAUCGCACAUGCCCUUCGGCCCGACGGCGUACUUUGGCAUCUCCAGCACGGUGAUGAGGCACGACAUCAAGGACGAGGACAUCGGCACGGUGUCCGAGGCCAACCCGCACUUGAUCCUGGAGAACUUCACGACCGCGCUCGGUAAGCGGACGGCGAACAUCUUGAAGCACCUGUUCGCGCCGCCCAAGGGGAAGAGCAAGCGGGUCAUCACCUUCGCGAACAACGCGGAUUGGAUCUCGCUCAGGCACCACACGUACGAGAUGCCGAAGGGUCCGAAGAGCGUCCAGCUCACGGAGGUUGGACCGAGGUUCGAGAUGAAACUGUACCAGAUCAAGCUCGGGACGAUCGACGCGGAGGACGCGGACGUGGAGUGGGCGCUGAGGCCGUUCAUGCGGUCGGCGAAGAAGAAGCGGCUGUGA